UCUCUACGCUGAGCCUUAAAUUUCACAAAGGAAAUUGUCGCCUGCAUCCACUGUCCACACCAUCAACGGAAGGAUGGCGCAAAAGGUAGUCAUUGAGGUCACCCUGAAUGGCCAAAACUCUAGCUAUCAAGAAGGCAUCAUCGAAAUGUUCUUGAAGUUCAUGUGCUGCAAGGACGAAGAGUUGGAUCGAGCUAUGAGGAUUAGAAGAAAGGCCAAGAAGGUCGCAGUAAGCAUCCCUGGAGUUGAGUCGAUGGCAAUGGGGGGAGAGGAGAGGAACAUUCUAACAGUGAUUGGUGAAGGAAUCGACCCAGUGAGGCUUGUCCAAUUGCUUCGGAAGAAGGUCUGUUUCGCUAAGAUCGUGAGUUUUGGCCCUAACCAAACCAAUCCUGUGCCUAAACCUGAACCUGAACCUGAACCUGUGCCUACGCCUUUGCUCGUGCCUCCCAUUUGCUGUAAUCACUCACCUCACUGGCAAAUAGUGGAAAUCAGGGAACCUACUUCCUGCUUCAACUUUUGAAUGCUUCUGUUGUUAACUUGUCAAACAACAAAAAAAUAAAUCUCGUGUAGUAGUGAAAAUUAAGCAAAUUUAAUCCACAAUAGAUUGUGUUACAAAUUAUGUUUAAAAUAACAUUACAAGUCGAACAUUGUAGAAUAAUUUUGAGCCAAGAAGUAUAAGUGAAGAGAAAAGUUUGAUCUGA